AUGAUUCUAUCUAACUUAUCUUUUUUUUCUUUCUUUCUUUCUUUCCGGGGCACCUUUUUAUUUAGUAAAACUAUCUUUCUAUCUAUCUUUCUAUCUAUCUUUCUAUCUAUCUUACUUUCUUUUCAAUUAAAUAAUUUUCUUUCUUUUCAAUUUACUUUUUAUCUUUCUUUUAUUUUUAAUUUCUUCUAUCUAUCUAUUGUCAUUUAUCUUUUGAAAUCUAUCUAUUUCUAUCUUACAUUUUCUUUUUCAUAUCUAUCUAUUUUAUCUAUCUAUAAAACAUCUAUCUUUCUUUCUUUUCUUUCUUUCUUUCUCAAAUCCUUUCUUUUCUUUCUUUCUUUUUUCCCAUAUAAUAAUUUCAUCUAUCUAUCUGAUCUAUCAUAUUUUAAAAAAAUCUAUCUAUUUUUGUUCCGUCUUUUCAUUUUCUACCCGCCUCCCACCUCCCAACACCCUUCACUCUCGAAGAAAAAAAGAUAG